UUCGUUUCUAGGGGGAGACAUUUUGGAGGCAGGAGCGCCAAACUACCUAAACAAUCAAAGUUCCGUUCAGGUCGUUGUUAAAGUACUAACGUUUCGCGUCGCAAGGACAUUGAGUGUUUAACUCAGCGUGUGAGGGUGUUGUAAAUCAAACUUUCCUCGACAAAUACAAAACGUUUCAGUCUGCGGCGGCCGGACAGUCCUAACCAAGGUUAGUUGUAGCUAGCGUCCGCUGUUAGCAAUGACAUUGACAGCUGAGAACAGUUGGAACCGUCAAACACGAGUGUCAAAGUAACAAUCUGGAGAAAGAAAAAAAAAAAAGUGAACGUCCUCUGACAGUCAUUUCUACACUAAAAUGAGGAAUUUCCUACUUCGCAGAUGAAAGGCAGACGUGUUGGCGUCGUCUGCCGUAGUAAAAUCCCUGGCAGCUGUUCGGUGAGUUUGAGUAGUGGGUCAGGAAGAGUUGUAUCACAAGCACAAGGACGAUGGUUUUACUCUCUCUGCAUCUUUUACGGAGCAGUCGCUUCUGUUGGCUCUCUCCGCAUCUGGCACGAAACGUCCAGGUCUACAAACCAGCUGGAUAUCCUCUGAAGAAGGCGCACUCUGUGUCCUCUCAGAUCAGCUGUCAACGAGCAACAAACUCUUUCCACUUCAGAGCCACUCAGACUGGACCACCUCUGUUAUUCUGUGGCAAUGGACCGACGGUGUGUUUCCAGAUUAGUCCCAAAACCACCUCGCCCCUGCACUCCGGUCCUGUGCAGACACCGUGCAGACACCAACUCCACCACUUCCACACCUCAGCCCCCCUCAGGGCCCUGCCUGCUCCUCUCAUAUGGAUGGUGCUGAAACCUCUGCAGAAGCUCAUGGCUAUAAUACUGGGCAGGAGUAUAAGGAAGUGGUGGGUGGCUCUACCAGUCAACCGCCGGCAGCUCAUGCGCGAAUGGGCCUGGCAGCGCCGCUGGCAUAUGGCAGUGGGGGCAGGUGUUGCUAUGGUGAUUGCAGCUGUCCUUCUCCUGACCCACCUGGAUGAGUCCCCCGUGACGGGACGGACCCGCCUCCUGGUUUUCAGCAGAGAGAACUACAUGGAGCUGGCUGCUCUGACUUCAGAGGCUUACAUGGAGGAGUUUGCAGAGCUGCUGGUUCCAGUCACUGACCCUCGUCACAAAGUGGUAGAGCGGGUGGUGCAGCAUCUGGCACAAAGGAACAAGGACAUCCCUGAAGUGUCCGAUGUCACCUGGAGUGUCCAUGUGGUGCAAAGUCCCAACGUCAACGCCUUUGUCCUACCGAACGGGAAAGUGUUCAUGUUUACGGGGAUGCUGGAUGCUGUGGCGGACAUUCACCAGCUCACCAUUGUCCUGGGACACGAGAUGGCUCAUGCUUUAUUGGGACACUCUGCAGAACAGGCCAGUCUGUCUCAUGUCGUGGACCUUCUGUCCCUUAUUCUGCUGACAGCCAUCUGGGCCAUGUGUCCUCGAGACAGCUUGGCACUGCUGGGACAGUGGGUACAGGACAAGCUUACACAGCUGAUGUUCAGCCGUCCCUACAGUCGGAAACUAGAGGCUGAGGCCGACAAAGUCGGAUUGCAGUUGGCUGCUAAGGCCUGUGCAGAUGUGCGAGCGGGCCCCGUUUUCUGGCAGCAAAUGGAAAUCAGAGACCAGCUGACAGGGGAGGGCACGCUCCCCGAGUGGCUGUCCACACACCCGUCGCACAAGAACAGAUUCACUCAGCUGGACUGUCUCAUACCACAGGCUCUGGAGUUGAGGGAAAGUUGCAUCUGCCCUGCUCUACCUGCUACUGACCCUCGUGUUGUCUUCUCCAAGAGCGUCCAGGUGUUGCUAAAAAACGCCAAGAACCAGGGGAGAGGAGGGCCAGAAGGGGCAAGCAAGCCCCACCUGCCCCACAGCCACGCCUCACUCCCCACUGCCCUGCCUGCAGCUCUGCUUGCGCAAACUGCAGUUACUCCUUCCCCAUAUGUGGAUCAAGAAAGCAAAGGUCCAGUCCCAGUUGUAGCAUCAGAGACAGCUGUAGCGGCCCCUGUCCCAGCUCCAACUGAGGGUGACGGACCACAUGAUGGGGUGCAGAUCACCAGCUGACAGGGGUGUUAAAUCCUUCUACUUCUACAGUUCUCCACUGACGGAACUGGACUAUUUACUACUGUCAAAAGACACUUUAUCAUUUACAUUUCAGCGACUCUGAAAUUGGUGCACAGGUGGUAAAGGCGUAAAGUUCCCAUCCGCCAUUGCAGAGAUCCUUGUUGCUGCUCUCCAGCUUCCUACUGGUUGGUCAAGGUACCAGCACAAUGGAGGAUGGAGCUGGGGGUGGUGGUGUGAAGAGAAGUGUCUGGGGUCUUUCUAAAUUAAGAGAAAAAUGGUGGAAAAAAGUCACCGAAAAUAAGCAGAAUAAGAAAACAAAAUCAGUGCCCCUCCUGACCUUUCCCUCUACUGCAGCAUUCUGCUGACUGAACUGUACAGUGUUAUCCAUGCCUAGUGACUGAAAAGAUGCCACAAUAAUUAGAUAACCUCGAAUGGGGAAAUGCUGAAUUAAUAAGUAAAGCUUCCAUACAUUGCACGAUUAAUAUGUGCAUUAUUCAUUGACACACGGCAACAGACGAGAGUAAUCACUUUGUGUGUGCAUGUUGGAGGGUGUGUCCAUCGCAGACAGAGGACUUCUACAUUACAUUCUCAUUAUGACUACUGCAUUCUCAUGCCACACACACAGCACUUUCUCUAGCCUGAGAGACUUAAUGGUGUAAAUCUAUGCCAUGUUGUUUGCCGGUUUUAAAACACAGCCUUCUACACAGGAAUGCCAAUAUCCACUGUCCAGCUUGGAGAAAUGUGUCAUGGGAUUUUGUAAAAUCUUAUUCAACAGGGCAAGAUGACUGAUUCUUAUUUACAGCAGCAGUGAAGAGGGAAGGGCAGUUAUGCUUCAUAUCUUGGUAAUCUUUUGUGUGUGCUGAAACAAACACACUUGGUUAUGUUGUGAAAUCCAAAGCGUACUACUUUGUUUUCAUUUGGGAUAAAUUAUGUUAUUUGUGUCAUGCAUUUUAGCUGCAUUUUAGCUGCUGAGCCUGUAUCUGCUGAGCCUGUAUCAGCUUGCGAAACAUCAGUCGAGUCUUACAGCGGCUGUGGAAGCUUCGUUUUACUGCAGACAGGGUAGGUCUAUAUUAGAGUCUGGGUCUGUAUUAGAAUAAGUGGCCAGUGAUUGGUUUUGUGCUAAACAGUGCAAUGGAAAGCCAAAAUAAUAUUGGUUUUUGCAUAUCAAUAUCUGAGCAGAAAUGUGCUCUGUUUGCAAGUGGCAGGCAAAAAAAUAAAACCUUGGGAUGAAAAAAAGCAUUUUCCAUUGUGAGUGCCUCUAAAAUUCAAAUGGAUGACAGAUGUACAUUUAUCAACAAGAGACAUGAAAAUUAUGGAAACCCAAUGUUUUAUAUACUGUGUGUGUGUACGUGUGUGAGAGAGUAUGAGAAAAUUAUCAUUCUGUAUGAAAUUGCAUAAGAACAUCAAAACACUUCUGUUGCCACACCAACCAAUUAAGACAGUGGGUGAAGGAUGAGUUUCUUCUGAAGUGUUUCAAUGUGUAUUUCUAUGUGUCUGGUAGCAGCAGUUAUAGCACUUACUCGUUGAUGCCAGGCUCCUGGGGGAAUGGGGAAAUUCUUGGCUGGCCUCUCACGGCUGAUCAGACAGAUGUAAAGUCUGGAAAACUCAUAGACAAGAUUACACCAAACCGGUCGUGAUCAGAUAAAAGCCACUAGAAUUCCCAACAGUCAACCUCAUCACAGUGCUUUUGUAAUAUCCUCCAACUGUUACAAGUUCUUGCUUGUUGAAUACAAGAUCAAUCUUGUGGUAUCUCUGUGUAUUAAAGAGCAUCAGAGCAACAUCCAAGUAAUUUUUAGAGCAGGGACCU